AUGUUUCUGCUGAGCCGCAAGAUCAAGGCGCUGGGGGUGAAGAUGGUGCUAUCUGGGGAAGGUAGCGACGAGGUGUUAGGGGGUUACCUGUACUUUCACAAGGCGCCCAGCAAGGAGGAAUUUCACCGGGAGACAUGUCGUAAGCUCAAGGCACUUCACAUGUAUGAUUGCGUGAGGGCCAAGAAGGCCACGUCAGCAUGGGGGCUGGAGGUGCGGGUACCCUUUCUGGAUAAGGAGUUCCUUGACGUGGCAAUGAGCAUUGAUCCUCAGUAUAAGAUGAUUCGCAAAAGGGACAGGCGCAUUGAGAAGUGGGUCAUUCGACGGGCUUUUGACGACGAGGAGAGGCCUUACCUACCCAAGCACAUCCUCUACCGCCAAAAGGAGCAGUUUUCCGAUGGGGUGGGGUACAGCUGGAUAGACGGGCUCAAGGCGCAUGCAGAGCGAAUGCACAUUCUCUACAGGCAGAAAGAACAAUUCUCUGACGGCGUGGGGUACAGCUGGAUAGACGGGCUCAAGGCGCAUGCAGAGCGGAUGGUGUCGGACCAGGUGAUGGCCAACGCUCCCAACGUCUUCACGUACCUCCCGCCCCAGACUAAGGAGGCGCUCUUUUACCGCCGCAUCUUUGAGAAGCACUUCCCCCAGUCAUCUUGGAGAAGCACUUCCCCCAGCGCUCUGCUUCGCUCUGCUCGUCUGACUGUCCCUGGAGGUCCCAGUCGCUCUGCUCGUCUGACUGUCCCUGGAGGUCCCAGUCGCUCUGCUCGUCUGACUGUCCCUGGAGGUCCCAGUGUUGCCUGUAGCACGGCGGCAGGUGCAGCACUUAUAGUCCCUCCUUCCCCCCAACCCCCCUUCCCUUUCUGCUACAGCGCUCUGCUCGUCACACUGUCCCUGGAGAGCCCAGUGUUGCCUGUAGCACGGCGGCAGGUGCAGCAUGGGAUGCUGCCUGGCGAGACAACCUGGACCCCUCUGGCCGUGCUGCUCUGGGUGUGCAUGCUGCUGCUUUUGAAACCCGAGGUCCAUAGCUUCCAAAGCACGGCAGCAGGUGCAGCAUUGGAUGCUGCCUGGCAAUGGCAAGGGAACAUAGACCCCUCUGGCCGUGCUGCUCUGGCCGUGCUGCUCUGGCCGUGCUGCUCUGGCCGUGCUGCUCUGGCCGUUCACGAUAGUUACCGGUAA